AUGCACCCCUUAUACGAUCAACUUCCACUUGAUCCCUCAAGGAAAGAAACUCGCUUCUUAAGAAUACUUUACAACGAAUCCUGCGAUGAACUUUGCGCCGAACUAUACAUAGGGCCUCUGGACGAACAUGUCCCGUCUUUCAGAGCUAUAUCUUAUGCUUGGGGUGAUGCUAAGCCAGAGACAUCUGAAACAACGCGUAACUACAUCAACGUCAAUGGCCACAAGUUCGAAGUAGCAAACAAUGUUCACACCAUUCUCAAGAGAAUCCAGGCCAAGUUCCAGUGCAAGAAUUGCGCUAUGCAUCCUCUGGAUGUGUGGAUCGAUAGUAUCUGCAUCAACCAGGAAUCUAAGCCCGAAAAGAACAUGCAGGUACCAUUGAUGGGAGACAUAUACUCCAAAGCGUCUCAUGUUAUAGUGUGGCUUGGUAGCGGGAACAAGUAUACUGACUUAGCGGUUAAGGUGAUGACAAGGCUCGGUGCAUGGAAAGAAGGGUUGAAGUACAUCGACAAAGAGGAUGAUGAUAAAGCGACACUCGAAGAUAUAUACUCGUACAACCGACAAAUUCUCGUCAUGGGUGGUUUCGUCGGACGUGGACGUUGCAGGAAGUCGCACUGCCCUAUGGUGAUCUGUGGCGACUCCUCUAUCGGCUGGGACCAUUUCAUGUGGUCGUACCAUAUCCUCAGUACGGUUCUGUUGAGACAUCAACUCGACGGGUCAGGUGUGGAGCUUCCUAAAGAGCUCCAAGGCUUAGAGGAUAAACUCAAACGCCUCCACGAUCUUAGUCAUGAAUAUCAUCCAGAUGCCGCCCAAGAGACCCGCAACCUCUAUCAACAAUUCAAAAGUCAAGGGGGUUGUCUGGAUAGACAUGUAUAUGCCACGCGUAUGCAACUAGCUAGCGACAGGCGUGAUAAAAUAUAUGGACUACUGGGGUUGACCUCCGAGGAAGUCCGCAGGUCUAUCUCGGUCGACUAUGCCAAAUCAGAAGUGGAUGUCUUUAUAGAUUUCUUCAAAUAUUCUGUGCUCUCGAAAUUUGGAUUUCAGAUACUAUCGAGUGCGAAUGGCCCGACAGACAUUCCGGGAUGGCCAACCUGGAUCUUUUGUUCUGGAGAAAACUCAAAUCGAAUAUACAAUCAGAUGAUUAGGGAAUAUUAUGAGCGUUGCUCGCUGUAUAAAGCGUCUCUGGGAUUGAAACCCAUUUACGAGCUUAUUACCUCCAAUCGAGGUCUCGUGGUGUAUGGAGUCAUCAUUGAUGAAGUUUCCGGGAUAGCAGAUACCAUGUUACCACAUCCAGAUCCAGAAGUAAAGCUCGUGCGGUUUAAUGAUGACUUGAUUUUCGACUUCUUCCUCUCAACUGGUGCACCGGACGAAGGCGAUUUGGGCCAAGUUUAUUGUCCAAGGAUUCCCGAAUCAGCAUCUAGACAUUCAGACGAGGUGUAUGCGUAUGUGGAAGCAGUGCACUCCGCUUCAACUGAACGCUAUACGCCCUUGAAUUGGCGCUUUAUGGACAAUGCGGAUAUUACCAAAUUGUCCCAAGAUCCAAAAGUCGGGAGAAUAAAUAGCUGGGAAUACAAGAAGCAAAAACGGAUGGAGGAGGCUCUAUGGCGAGUCAUAAUUGGAGAUAAUCUAUCGGGGGAUGAAGAUAGCGUUGACGGUAUCCCAGCUCCUAGGUCUGCUAUGGCUACUGUUCUGACCCAGGGUUACAAUCUAAUCAGACACAGAGUUCGUCCUCAUUCCAGCUCUGAUCCCGACUCUGAUCCCGACCUUGAUGAUGAUGAUGAUGAUGAUGUCGGUUCUGAUUUUGGUUCUGAUCUAGGCUCUGACAGCUCUGCAAGGAUAAAAAAAGCAGUAAACUACAAACAUAUGGUAGCGGAAUGUCAAGGACGUAUGGUACAUAAUCGACGUGCCUUCCGAACCUCCAACAGAUUCAUUGGUUUUGGCCCCGAAAUUAUGGAACCUGGGGACAAAGUCGUGGUGAUUGCAGGUGCGGACGUUCCGUUCGUUUUACGGCCGUGUGGAACUAGUUUCUCCUUGAUUGGGGAAUGCUAUGUGGAAGGGUUAAUGCAGGGGGAACUUUUCCAACAGUACCCGGAGUUUGAAAGGGGGGAGGAAUUUCUGAUGAAACUUCAACGAUUUACGAUUUACUGA